AAUUUUCAGAAGUCAGAUUUCCUGUGUAGAGUAAUGAGCCUAAUGGCGCUUUGCAUUCAUUCUGAGUGAAAUGCGCUCUACAAUUCGUUAUAUAACCUAAACUGGAUGCUGUUUUUGGAGGGAAAAAUGUAUCAGAGAACUGUGGAGUACAUUAAAGAAGUAGACCCUCUUCGUUUGGUUUUGCCUGGCAUUCGCUCAAGGGAUUCAGCACGUCGUAAACACAGUAUUGAGCUCGUUUGUCAAAGAGCAAACGAGCUUGCGAGGGACAGAAAAUCUGAAAUUUUAAAAAGUCAUCUUCCUGUUAUCUUACAACUGGCGACAGUUUGUCCAUUUGAGGAUGUUCGUAAGGAGUUUACCAGACUUUUGGAAGAGCUAAAGAAAUGUGGUGAAAAGGUUCCUCGUAGGGUUUAUGGAGGACCAUCGUCUUUUAUUCCUACAAAACAGGUAACUCCAUUGAAUGGAAAUAAGGAGGACACUGACAGUCUAUUGACUGAAUCAUUUCUCGCAAGUGGUCGUCUCACUCAUGUUCAUUGGCUUAUGGCAUAUCAUCCUCAGUACUUGGAGUGUUUUUUGAAUACACAUUUCUAUCUAAUGCGACAGGAGGGACCUUUACUGUUUAAUUGGCGAUGUUAUAUUGCUAUAAUGGCAGCAAGUCGACAUCGUUGUUGUUACUUGGUGAGGCUUUAUGAGUCAGAAUUUUUGAAAAACAAAGGAGAUCCAAGCUGGUUAAAUGGCCUUGAUCAGAUUCCUAAGAAACUCUAUAACCUGCAUACAAUCAACAAGAUUCUUGCUCAUCAACCAUGGUUGGUGAGUUUUGAAAAUAUGAAGGAACUGCGAGAAGGCGAAGACAGUUGGUCAUUGUCAGAGUUGGUUCAGGCCAUAACAAUCUUGAUUCACUUUCAUUGUUUGUCAAGUUUUGUAUUUGGAUGUGGUCUUACCCCAGAGGUAGACCUCGAGGGUGGACACACAUUCCGCCCCCCUUCGCUGACAUCAGAACACAGUGAAGAUGGUGUAUCAACAACUUUAGAUGAAGGUCGAUCAGCAGCUGGAAAAGAAUUUGUGGCUUUAAUGAAUGCUGUCACACAAAAACAUAAAAAUCAAGAUAAAGUUAAUGUUGAAAAAACACUUGAAGAGUUUGAAAGCAUUGCUUCAGAUGAAGUGUUUAGCAUGAGUUAUUCAGAUGAUUCUUGUGCUAUUCCCGAGGACACCUUUGCACGUUACAUCAAGGAUCCCACAUUCAGAUACAAGAACUUUGCUGAUAGAAUAGAUCGUCACCAAUAUCUCAAUAUAAAUGAAUACUCAUGGGAAGGAUAUGGCUUCUCGUUGGUUGAUCGAUUCUAUCCUGAGAUGGGGCAGUUAUUGGAUGACAAAUUAAGAGUUUGUGAAAGUCUCACAUAUAACACAUGUGGUUUCGAUUCAGAAACAGCUGAUACUCGAACAUUUCGCCAAGCAACAUGGAACUAUAUUCAUGUUCUCUUUGGUGUCUACCAUGAUGAUUAUAGAUAUGAUGAGGUAAACAGUUUGAUGGAUCGCGACUACAAAUCUUACAUCAAAAAGGUUGUAUGUUAUCCUGAGAGGACGACACAAGAAGAUUAUCUCAACUUUAUACAAUCUUUGACCCAUUCAGAGAAGGUGCACAUCAAUUUGAUUGCAUUCGAAGCAAGAAUGCAAGCAGAACUAUUGUAUGCACUUCGAGCCAUCAUGAGAUGAUCGUGUUAUUGUAAAUAAAUCUAUAAAUGUAAAGUGGAUUGUUAUAGUAUGUGUCAGAGGAAAGAAAAAUAUGAAUAUAUACAUAGUGCUUUUCAUUUCAUCAUCAUGUAGGAAAUACUUCUGUGUGUUCCAAGAAAAUUGUCAAUUAUGCA